AUGGCAAAGUCCAAUAUGUUCUUUUUUCAGCUUCUGGCUUUCCUCAUUCCUCUCAUAUGGGCCAUGCCCACUGCAAGGAAUGGACCUGUUCCACCAAGUCAAGAUCCAUUCUAUCAGCCUCCACCUGGAUAUGAGAGCACAGCACCGGGAACUAUCUUGCGAUACCGUAACCCACCCUUUCCUAUUGCAGCCCUUGGUUUUGCGAGGUCAAACCUUGAAUCAGCGUACCAGGUCUUGUAUCGAACAAGUGAUAGUUUUGGAAACCCGAUUGCAACUGUGUCAACUAUUCUGAUCCCACACAACGCCGACUUUAGCAAGCUUCACUCUUAUCAAGUUGCUCAAGAUGCUGCAAGUCCCAACUGUUCGCCCUCCUUCGCUCUUCUACAACAGUCAGAUGCUGAGAAGUCGCUCUCCCUACUCAUGCCCCAGCUAGAGUAUUUAUUUAUUACCACUGCUCUUGAUAAGGGAUGGGUUGUGACUGUCCCUGAUCACCUUGGCCCCAAAGCUGCGUUCUUAGCCAACACGCUAUCUGGACAUGCUGUUUUGGACAACAUUCGUGCAGCAUUAGCAUCCGGUAAUUUUACUCAUAUUUUGCCAAAUGCCCAAAUCACGAUGUGGGGAUAUUCUGGAGGAAGUCUGGCUACUGGAUUUGCAGCAGAACUUCAGCCUACUUAUGCUCCCGAUCUCAAGAUUGCGGGAGCAGCACUUGGUGGUACGGUACCCAAGAUCCUGACUGUUAUUAACACAGUCAAUAAGGGAUUAUUCACUGGAUUGAUUCCUGCCGGAAUCUUGGGUCUUGCAAAUGAAUAUCCUGCUGCGCAAGACAUUAUAAGUGAGAACAUAUUGCCGUCUAAAAUGGCAGAGUUUAACAAGGCGAAGGAACUCUGCCUCGUUGGAGAUCUGGGUGAAUACUUCGGCCACGAUAUCUAUAACUACACCAAGGAUCCAAACGUCUUUACCAGCCCCACCGCAAAUGCUCUAUUAGACCCGAACUCCAUGGGCCAGAACAUUCCAAAGAUCCCUCUUUUGAUUUACAAAUCCAUUGGCGAUGAAGUCAGCCCUAUUGCAGAUAGUGAUGAGCUUGUUACUAAGUACUGUAGCGGUGGAGCUAGCGUGGAAUACGUGCGUGAUGUAUUUUCCGAGCAUGUAACCAUGGAGAUUAAUGGGUCACCUGAUGCAUUCCUCUGGCUUAUCGAUCGGAUGGAGGGCAAGCCUGCUCAAAGAGCUUGCACGACCACUACCGUACUUACUUCUCUUGCGGAUCCCAAGGCACUUGCUGUUUUCGGAGUGGAAAUCAUUGAGAUCUUGCUUUCCUUCUUGUCUCUUCCUCUUGGGCCACCCUUCUAG